GGCAAGGGAGGAGUCGGAUUUCGGCGCGGGCGGCUUGGAAAAAAACAUGGCGGCACUCCCGUUUGAAGAAAGCUCUAUGUCGGUGAUGACAUUCUCUGACAAUCUAGAGGCCGGUAACGAGGGAAGGGAGAAUGCAGAGGACCUGCCUAUGGUGUUCCUAUGCGCCGGAUGUAAACGGCCUGUAGGAGACACGCUCAACUGGGAGACUAACGACGAGGAGACCAAUUGCAUCCUGCUCAAGAGUGUUACACUCAAUGUCUCAGUAGACAAAGAGCAAAAACUCUCAAGCCAGGCAGGUGAAACUGGCUGCAUUCUUGAAACCUUAAUUUGCUCUGGCUGCAACAUGAAACUUGGAAGCAUUUAUAGGUGUACCCCAAAACAUCUUGACUAUAAACGAGAUUUAUUUUGCUUAAACAUAGGCUCCCUAGAAAGUUAUACCCUAGGAUCAUCAGAACAAAAAGCUAACAUUGAUGAGGAACCUCUUACACUUGAAAGUCGAGCUAGUUUAGAAGAAUCAUUAAGAAGGGCAGAAACAAUACUGAAAGCAUUAGAACAACGAUUAUCUGCAGUCGAAUCAAGUUUUGCAACUCUUCACAAUAUUGUCUGAAAAAUAUUAUUGCUGACAUUAAUAUUUAUAAUAUUAAUAAAACCUUUGUAUUUGCUGUUGUAAAAUUGUUGGAUUACUGCAAGAGUCUAGUUGCGAAUUAUAAAAGUCUACCCAGUCUUCUGAUUAAGAAUACAGACACUUUAGAAACAAAAACAAAAACAAAAUCUCUGGAUUUGAAGAAAUUUCUAGGAAAUCUUGUAAAUACACCCACAUGGGUCUUUUUGUAAUUUUUUAAAUCUCAAACAUUCUAAAUAAUUGAAAUUCUAAUAAUUUGUCUGUAUUUUUGUCAUUUCUAUUGUUUUGUGUACUAUGUACAAUUUCUUACUUUGGUUGGCAACUUAGAUUGGAAUGCAGUUAAUCUACUUUUUGUGGAAAACAUUGUUGCUUUGGAUAUAUAAUGGUUUUCAGGGCAUUACAGUUGAAUCUUUUUUUAUUGUAGCAGUCAUUUAAUUGUCUGCUAGUUUAAGAUAUUGAUACAAUAUGUGUAAUAUACUGGCAGGGGUUUAUACAUACGUAUUUCUUAAUUUGUGUUGUUCCAAUGAUUUUUUUCUACUGUACUUUGAAAUAUUCAAAUAUAAAUAACUGAUCUAGAAAAUUCAAACUAAUAUGGCAAGAUAUUCUUAACCAAAAAUAAAGCAUAGAAAUAAAUUGACUAUACUAGUUAUUUUACAAAAUAAAGUGGUAAAAAUUAUAUAAUGUAAAUGUUUGUCACUAUAUUUCAGAAUAAUUGUUUUCUAAUAGCAAGAGUGCUGUUUAAAAAUCAAAAUACUUGAAUACAGCGAUAUACAUAUUUCAGCACAAAUAAAAAUUUAUAGUUAAACUGCAAUUUAAAAUUCAGUUUUCUUAUAAGUCUUUGUGCUUAUUUAUUACUUUAUUCUCUAAUGGAGAAUAGAAUAGAAGCUACGUGUAGUUUGCCAUACUGAAAUGUCAUUUACGUUCCAAAUAAACCUAGGUGGGAUUAGUCAUCACAGAUUUCUCAUUAUGUGUAGCACAUUUUGUUCAUCUAAAUAGAACACAUCAUGCUGGUUUAUCCUUAUUUUUUCUUUAAAAAUGGAAAAAAGCAGCUACUAUUCAUCAAGCUAUAAUUUGACAUGUAAAGUAUGUAUGUGUGCUUGUAUAUUGCGUAUAGAUAUUCAAAUAUCAGUUCUUAUUUCUAUU